GACCUGGUUCCAGGUCAGCAUAAAAGAUUACGUACGUGUGAGCCAUGACUGGAAAGAGGGGAGGUUGAAGGGGUGUUGAACUGAAGGCCAAUCACCGUGACAUCUGAGGUACUUAUCUGUAGAUGGAAUCGUGCGAUGAUCGCUUCUGAUUGUCCGUCCUGGUGAGCAGCGCCCAUCGAGAGCAGCAACAUGACAAGCUACACUGACAAAGGGGAAAAGCCAGAAAGAGGCAAAUUUGUUCGGUUCCACCAUUUGACGUUCUGGGUGGGCAAUGCUAAACAGGCGGCAGUCUUCUACUGUGAUAAGAUGGGCUUUGAGCCUCUGGCCUAUAAAGGCUUGGAGACAGGUAGCAGAGAGCUGGUGUCCCACGUCAUCAGACAGGACAAGAUUAUAUUUGAAUUUGCGUCUCCUCUAAAUCCUGGAAAUGAAGAGAUGGGGGAGCACUUCAUCAAACAUGGGGACGCUGUUAAGGACAUCGCCUUCCAAGUAGAAGACUGUGACUUUUUAGUCCAGAAAGCCAGAGAGAGAGGAGCAGUGAUUGUUAAAGACCCGUGGAUAGAACAGGACAACUAUGGCAAAGUAAAAUAUGCCGUGAUACAAACGUACGGAGAUACGACCCACACCCUUGUGGAGUACCUGACUCCUUACAAAGGCCUGUUUCUGCCUGGCUAUCAUGAACCUCUCUUUAGGGACCCACUGCUCCCUAAACUGCCUUCAGGCUGCCUGAGCUUUAUCGACCACAUUGUUGGAAACCAGCCAGAUGAUCAAAUGGUGCCAAUAUCAGACUGGUACCAGAAGUGUCUGAUGUUCCACCGGUUCUGGUCCAUAGAUGAUAAACAGAUUCACACACAGUACAGCUCUCUCAGGUCUAUCGUGGUCACCAACUAUGAGGAGACCAUCAAAAUGCCCAUCAACGAGCCGGCGCCUGGGAAAAAGAAAUCACAGAUCCAGGAAUAUGUUGACUAUAAUGGAGGACCUGGAGUUCAGCAUAUUGCCCUGAACACGUCAAACAUCAUCCAAGCAAUAGUGAACCUGAAAGCCCGGGGCAUGGAGUUCCUGUCCACUCCAGACACCUAUUACGACACCCUGCGUGAGAAACUCAAGACGGCCAAGAUCAAAGUGAAGGAGGACCUGAAGACCCUGCAGGAGCUUAAAAUCUUAGUAGAUUUUGACGAUAAGGGCUACCUGCUCCAGAUCUUCACCAAACCUGUGCAGGACAGACCCACUCUGUUCCUAGAGGUCAUCCAGAGAUAUAACCACUCUGGUUUUGGGGCUGGCAACUUCAAAUCCCUGUUCGAGGCCAUUGAGAAAGACCAGGAUGCCAGAGGAAACCUCACUGUCCUCACUGCUGAUGGCAAUCCCAAGAUUUUUAAAUAACAAAUUCAUGCAGGUGUCUGCAACUGAUGUAAAUGAGUCAUGUAUAGAUUAGCACAUGACUAAUAUUGCAGAAAUGCAUAGAAUAGAAUCUGAGAUAGCCGCCAGUUCACACACACACUAACCUCACAAAAUUUUUGCACUUGCAGUCACAUAAGAGCAACUGUAAGAUCUCAUCAAUAAAACCAUUGUGAUAGUAAAAAAAAUGUAUUGGCAUCAUUUAUUGCAUGGCAUUUUACAGAUGUAGAGACUAAAGUUGUGUUCUUGAGCAUUUUGGUUUUCUUUAACACAGCCAUUCAGUAUUUGGCAAUGUUCGGAAAGUGUACUUUAGCUGAAAGAAAUGCUGAAAGUCCAGAUUUGCACCUAAUGUUUACUCAGGUGGGUCAGUUUGAGAAAUACUGUGUUCUGAACAGUUUAGUUACUCUAGAUCUCUGGCAGCAACUGAAGAAAACAUACUAUAGGUGGCUGUACUUUAUAAUUAAUAUCCAUAAGCACUAAAUACACAAUUAGUUAGCUGAGACCUUUACUACAAUGUAAUUUUUAUGUAUGUACAAACAUGUAUUCUAUACAGAGCUUAAUGUAUUUAUCAAGAAAUAAUGCUUUGGCAAAUAAAAUUUAUAUCACA